AUGAUUUGUAGCAAUAUAAAAAUCUUAUAAAAUAAUGAAAACCUCACAAGCAAGUUUCUUGAAGAAAAAAUAGAAGUUUAUGGUUUAGAAAUGCAAUAAUGCAUUGAAGUAUAUUUCAUUAAUUAAAAAUUUUAGUCCUCCUUCAUUAGAAUUGAUAAUUUUCUUGAUUAAAUAAUCAAUGACUCUUUCAAUUCCUUUAAUUAAAAUUUAGAAUAAUCAUAAUUAGCAAUGCUUCAUUAAUAAUUUAUUUUAUUUCCCUAAUUAGCAAUACCAAAUUUUGCGAAUUAAUAAUUCGGAAAUGAACUGAUUCAUUCUCUAACCCCAUUAGUGAAAUUUUCUAUUGAAAAUGAAAUAAAAAAGAAUGUGGAAGCUCUUAAUUAAGACAAUAGAGCAAUUUAGAAAGAGAAUUAGUAAAUCUAAGACCUUAAUCAUCAAAUUCUUAUAUAGUCAAAUAAUAUUAAAGAGCUUUAUAAAUAAUAAUAAAAUGAAAAUUAACUUACACAAUAAAAGUCUAAGAUUUUAGUGGAGAAUGAAGAAGUAUUGUAAAAUUAAUUUUUAUAAUAAUCAAAAUAAAUUUAAUACCUUAAUGAAAAUUUAAAAUUGAUAGAAAAUAAACUGAAAACCAAUCUUAUAAUCUUCAAUAAAGAAUUAGAAUCAAGCUUGAGAAAUUAUUCUAAAGAAUUAGCUUUUUCAACAAAAUUUAAAUAAAAAGACAUAUAAAUUUUAGAGAAUGGAAAAAUAGCUUUUGCCUAAAAUAAUGUGUGGUAAGUUUGCAUUUGUGAUCAACCUAUUCCAAAACAGAAUGUGAUAACAUUCAAAUUUAAUGUCUUACAAAUGCACCAAUUUUAUUCUGGUAUAUGCUUUAGAGAUAUUAUCUCAAAGGAUUAUCGAGGGUAUGUUUCAGAUUUAGGUCAUGGGUAUUGCAUCCAUUUAUAAUAGAUAUUAUUUAAUGUGUAAGGAUGGAUAUGUAUAUUCUAAUCAUGAUAAAGAAAAAAAUGAAUAACCUUUAGGAUUCAAAUUGCAAGUAAAUGACAUCAUUGAAAUAACUGUUGAUUUGAAGUAGUAGUUAAUAAAAUGGGAAAAUAAAAAAUCGAAUUAAUCAUAUGUAAUUUAGUAAUAUAUUAAUUUAUAGACUUUAACAAUUGAAACUAAUUAUGAAUUGUAUCCCUGCUUUAGAUUAGCUUCAUCAAAAGUUCUUUUAAUUGAAUGA